AUGUGUUUGGGGAGUUUGGCUCCAUUUUUACAGGGAGAUGAAAAAAAAUCAAGGGAACAAAUUCCCCUUACAGUGCAUCCAAUCUCCCUGUAAUUUCAAAACAAAAAUUUAAAUGUUUAACCAGUUACAUUAUUAAUUGCCAGACAUGAUGUUAAAUAAUACAUAAUUAAUUUAAAAUAUUUAGUUAGUUAUUAAUGAACCGUUGAUCAAUCAAGUUGUGUUUUAUUUUUUAUUUUUCCGACAAAUUAUCUUAUUGAUUUUUACGAUUAAAUAUUUUCAGUUUUAUCAAAAACCAUGAAUUUACAGAAAUUUUCAAUCGAUUUUCCAUCUUUAGUUUAUUUGGUGCGAAAUAAUUCAUAUCCAGUCUAUUCAGAUUCUACAACAUUUUUAUCGAGAUUAAAAUCAUAUAAUUCUUUUCCAUCCACUUCGUGUCAAAAUAAAUAUACAUUAUCUGAAUCUGGUUUCAGAUAUACAGGAGUAGGAGAUAUAGUUGAAUGUUUUUUCUGUGGACUUGUUUUACAAAAAUGGACAAAUGAUGACAUACCGUGGGUUGAACAUGCAAAAUGGAAUCCUAAAUGUAUAUUUGUUUUACUAUGUAAGGGAAAUUAAUUUAUAGAAAAUGUAA